AUGAGGCUUGAAGUUUUGGAAUCGUUCUUCGGGCCAGGCGCGGCUCGAAAGAAGGGCCACAAGAAGGGGCCGAGAAAGGAUCCAGCAAUGAAAAUAUGGGAGUUCAAAAAAGGCAGCUUGACUAUUGUCGACUUGAGUUUGACGCCCGGACGCAUAAUUGCACUCGACGAAGCUCAUAAAUUCCUGGACACUUCUUCGGUAGAAGCCGUCGAGUUCACCGAGACACUGCUGUCCAUCGUCCGGCAGCAACGACACCUGGGGGCCAGAGUGAUGAUCGCGACUCAGGAACCCACGGUAUCUCCAGCAUUACUGGAUCUGUGUAACGUCACGAUCAUUCAUCGAUUCAACUCACCUGCGUGGUACAAAGCAAUUGAGGCGCACAUCGCAGGUGCCGCAAUGGCGUCUCGAAAGGCAUCACAGGCCAAUGCAUCGGAUCUAUUCCAACAGAUCGUACAGCUGGCGACGGGAGAAGCACUCGUGUUCUGUCCCACGGCGCUCUUGAAAAGUACUGGAUAUGCUACUGAUGUCAAAAUGAGCGAGGAUGAAGAUCCGAAGACAUCAAAUACGAUCUGGGCGUCCCUCGCAGGAUCCAGGUCUGAAUCCCGCCAGGGAUUUGGAAGUAAGGGACGUGGAAGUAAGGGACGAUAUCGCCGAGCUUGGAUCAGGCUUAUGUUCGCCUGA